UUUUGAAUCUGAUGGAAAUAUAGGGUAGCAUUCUCGUAGAGAGGUUUGCAACUGUUCUUGUAAAUUGGUGCUGGAGCUGCCAUAAUAACUGAAAGUCCACCUGUGUCUGAUUCUCCAGAACUUAGGUUAUCAUUGUACCGGAAUAAGGAAUAUCAAAGAUUAAAUCGAGAGCCCUCUAAGAUGCACCUCCUCCCCUCUUUUCACUUUAAGUUUGGUAAGUGCAUUAACCUGUCUCAUCAAUGCCUAUUGCCUUAUUAAACAUCAUCUGCGUCACUCUCACGUACGUAGAGCUCUCUGCAGAAUUCCUCAUCAGUCUGUCGCUGGCAAAGGCGACGGGCGCUGCGGUUGUACUUGAAACGUGUGUGGGCUUUUUUUCGCAUGAUAAACACGAACGAUGAAAAGAGUCACUUUUUUUGUCCCCUCGGUUUGCGGGUGAAGAGAGCCUAACUCACUGCGUGCUCCGCGGCAUCCGCUUGUUUCUCUGGACCUCUUCUCCGCCAGUUGCCUAUGUUGUUUCCGGGCCCGAAAGGAGCAGUUUACGAGGGAACAGUAAGAAGUGCGCCGUUUUUUUAAACUUCCGAGAGGGAAAGCGAUUGCGCCGAUUGAUUUGGAAUGGGACGUGACUUGCUUCAUUGUGCUUAAGCUGUACAUAGUUACGGGAGAUACACCAGCGAUUGCUGGUGCUAUUUGCAAAUCUUGAAACAGACCGAGUAUUGAAGCAAAAUCUUCGCCACUCCCUUCUCCCAUUCUGUUUCGAGAUACUUACACAGCAUAAACUGUCUAUUCCUUCAUGGAAAUGCCGGCUGUUCGUGACCAGAAGAUCUAAACAAGGAUAUGUUGUAGUCCUGUGUCUGUGGACAAGGCAAUUUGGAAAAAAAGAGACAGGAUAUAGACCCGAGGCUCAACUGGAUUUGAUUCCUCUGUGGAAGAACCACAACAAAUGGCUGCCCUUCCUGUGUCGUCGGGGUGGAAAAGUGAAUCGCUAAUAGGAGGAGUCCUGAUGAAUAGAGUGGAGUGGAAGAUAUCGCCCCAGCCCGUGUUGUGAAAUCAGUGGAAAAUACCACUCGCCAUGCAGAGAGCCUUUUGAGUGUUUUGGCAGCCACGUGUCGGGCAGACCAUUUAUUUUGCCUUUGAUCUUGCUUUUUUCCCCCCUUACCCUGUUUCCCUCACUGGCCCUGCAAUUGGAUACAUAUCGCACUGCUGCCAGGUGCCGGCCGCUUCCGCGUUGAGCUGAGCCACAGUCCUCACCGUCUGGUGCUGGUCUGGCACAGGUGGUGCCUGUGGUGGAGGGGAGGCAUGUUGCCACAGCGACCCUGCCGACUACGGAGCGCGUGUAGGGCCAUGAGGCCUCGGAUGGGAUUUGGGAGGGGCUCGGCGCCAGCCCUGCUGCUGUGGGUUUUGAGCUUUACUUUGCAGGCCCUUCUGGUGGCCGCGCAGAAACUGGACGAGACGGACCCGGUGGUGACCACCGUCCAAGGGAGGCUGCGGGGCUUCAAGAAAGAGCUCAACAACGAGAUCCUCGGCCCCGUCAUCCAAUUUUUAGGCGUGCCCUACGCCGCUCCUCCCACGGGCGAGAGGCGCUUCCAGCCGCCUGAGCCCCCUCUCCCGUGGUCCGACAUCCGGAAUGCCACCCAGUUUGGCCCUGUGUGUCCCCAGAACAUUCUGGAGGGCAGGCUCCCUGAUGUCAUGCUCCCUGUGUGGUUUACCAACAGCAUAGAGGUGGUCUCCUCCUACGUUCAGGAUCAGAGCGAAGACUGCUUGUUCAUGAACAUUUACGUGCCCACGGAGGAUGUAAAAAGAAUAUCCAAGGAAUGUGCCAGAAAACCCGGCAAGAAAAUAUGUAGAAAAGGAGGUCCCCUUACAAAGAAACAGAGUGAUGAUUUAGGUGAUAAUGACGGUGCAGAGGACGAAGACAUUCGUGAAAGUGGCAGCCCCAAGCCUGUGAUGGUUUUCAUCCACGGAGGCUCAUAUAUGGAGGGCACAGGGAAUAUGUUUGACGGGAGCAUCUUGGCAAGCUAUGGCAAUGUCAUCGUCAUAACUGUGAACUACCGGCUUGGAGUGCUAGGGUUUUUGAGCACAGGAGAUCAAGCGGCAAAGGGGAAUUAUGGCCUUUUGGAUCAGAUCCAGUCCCUGCGCUGGAUCAGUGAAAACAUUGCUUUUUUUGGGGGUGACCCUUUACGCAUUACUGUAUUUGGAUCAGGGGCUGGCGCCUCAUGCGUCAACCUCCUGACUCUAUCCCAUUACUCUGAAGGUAACCGUUGGAGCAAUUCAACCAAAGGACUUUUUCAGAGAGCUAUAGCACAGAGUGGUUCAGCACUGUCCAGCUGGGCCGUAAGCUUCCAGCCUGCUAAAUAUGCCCGUAUGCUGGCCAAGAAGGUGGGCUGCAACCUGAAGGACACUGUGGACCUGGUAGAGUGCUUGCAGAGGAAGCACUACAAAGAGCUAGUGGACCAGGACAUUCAGCCGGCUCGGUACCACAUAGCAUUUGGACCCGUUAUCGAUGGGGAUGUCAUUCCAGACGAUCCACAGAUCCUUAUGGAGCAGGGGGAGUUCCUCAACUACGACAUCAUGCUGGGAGUCAACCAAGGUGAAGGUCUGAAGUUUGUGGAGCUCAUCGUGGACAACGAGAAUGGCGUGCAGGCAAACGACUUUGACUAUGCCGUGUCUAGUUUCGUCGAUGAUCUCUAUGGCUAUCCGGAGGGUAAGGACAUCCUGCGAGAGACGAUUAAGUUCAUGUACACGGACUGGGCAGACAGACACAACCCGGAAACGCGGAGAAAGACCUUACUAGCGUUGUUCACCGACCACCAGUGGGUGGCCCCGGCUGUGGCCACGGCAGACCUCCACUCCAGUUUCGGGUCUCCCACCUACUUCUACGCCUUCUACCAUCACUGCCAGACGGAGCAGGUGCCCCCCUGGGCAGACGCGGCCCAUGGCGAUGAGAUCCCGUAUGUGUUCGGUCUGCCCAUGAUCGGGCCAACUGAGCUCUUCCCGUGCAACUUCUCCAAGAAUGAUGUCAUGCUGAGCGCUGUGGUAAUGACAUAUUGGACAAACUUUGCCAAGACCGGAGACCCCAACCAGCCCGUUCCCCAAGACACCAAGUUCAUCCACACCAAACCCAACCGCUUUGAGGAAGUGGCCUGGUCACGGUACAACCAGAAGGAUCAGCUGUACCUCCACAUUGGCCUGAAGCCCCGUGUCAAGGAGCACUACCGCGCCAACAAGGUCAACCUGUGGCUGGAGCUGGUUCCCCACCUGCACAGUCUGAACGAGGUCACGCAGAUUAUCUCCACGACCACCAAGGUCCCGCCGCCGGAGGUCACUCCGCGAUUGCCAAAGAAGAUCCCCGUCAACACCAAGCGGCCGAACCCAACGCCCUUCCCCACCGAAAGCCAGGACAGCCAGCCCUUCCAGGUGGACGCGCGCGACUACUCCACGGAGCUGAGCGUCACCAUCGCGGUCGGAGCGUCGCUGCUCUUCCUCAACAUCCUGGCGUUCGCCGCGCUCUACUACAAGAAGGACAAGCGGCGGCACGACGUGCACCGGCGCUGCAGCCCGCAGCGCAACACGGCCAACGACCUGGCGCACACGCAGGAGGAGGAGAUCAUGUCGCUGCAGAUGAAGCACACAGACUUGGAUCACGAGUGCGACGCCAUGCACCCGCACGAGGUGGUUCUGAGAACUGCCUGCCCGCCCGACUACACGCUAGCCAUGCGACGGUCGCCCGACGACAUACCGCUCAUGACCCCAAACACCAUCACCAUGAUCCCUAACACCAUGCCGGGGCUCACUGCCCUUCACUCCUUCAAUACCUUCUCAAGCGGACAGAACAACACGCUGCCUCAUCCCCAUCCACACUCACACUCCACAACCAGGGUAUAGCCUGUGGGACACAGCAAGCUAAACACACACACACUCACACACACACACACUCACACACACACACACGACAGGCAACACACCGAGUGAAGAAAGUGCGCUGUGGAAUAUUUCCACUCCUGUGAAUAUGACUCAUAGGAAUUAUAGGGAGUUUUCUGGGGCAGAGAGUACCAUUUUAUAUUAAAAGGAGAGAAACUUUAAAGAGAAAUGUCGUAAAAUAUUUCAGUUAAAAAAUGGAAAACAAAUAAAGAUAUUCAUAAUUUUUUUUUUUUUUUUUGAAAGUACCCAGUAUUGUGACUAUGCCAGACUCCUUUUCUGGCGAGAGAUGCUAUCCUCGGAUUACAAUUCAGCAAUCCAAGGAAGAGGACAGAAGGAAGUGUGGGAGGCCCUUUGGAAAUGAAAGAAAACAUUGUUUUCCUGAGGCAUCGCACUCUAGAUUACACUCUCAAGAGAAGAGAGGAGAUGCUGCUUACCCAAUUCAGGCACGUGUGACCCUACAGGAAACAGAAAGGGGCGUUGUAAGAUAUGGAAUAAGGACAAUACAGGUGGGAAAAAGGGAAAGAGCUCUUCAGGAAUAUGCACAAUGGAGACAUUCAUGGCAAUGUCUUGGAUACUUUUCAUCAAUUUAUUUUUGGGGAACAGAUUUAUUGUAUAGAACCUAUUUACAUAUCUAGAUAUGUACACAAAGCACCAAUGCUGUUUAAGCCCUCCUAGGGCAGCGAUAUUCAAAAAUCUGCCAGCGGAACUUACGAGGGGAAGUCAUAUUCUUUCUGGCAGAUGCAGCUUCAUCACACAAGUGCUGUCUAUACCAAGAACUGGCAGACAAAAGGGAACCUGGAUAUUUUUAGCACGAUGCGCAUGACAAUUUAUCUGCUUGGUGGCUGUUCUGCUGAUUAAGUCAUAAUUAAAAAAAUAAUAAUUUUCAUUCCCAUUGGAUUUGUUUUGAAGAAAUACUGUUCUAAUUGGCUCACAAACCCACAGAAUUCUGACACAGGAAAUCAACUGGGGUCAGGAUUGUUUAGGGGCGGGAACUGGGAGGGGGGACUUGCUAAAUAGAGUGCAUACACCAUAGCUUGAGUGAACAUGGUUAUAAGGACUAGUUUUGUACAUUGUGUGUUGGUAAAACUUUUUAAUGGUGGUGAAUCACUUGCUGUUUGAGCUCCCAAAGGAUGGGAUUUUCAUUGUACUCUUUUUGUUCCACACAUUGUUCUUUAAAAACAUAUCAUUAUUUCAUUUUUCAUCUCUUGCUAAUAGUCAAAAACCACUUUACCUUAGAUAAGUAAUUACCUGCACUUUUGUUUUUUUUUUUUUGUUUUUUUUUACUGUUAUUGAUAUUUCUGUUUAGCAAACCAUGGAUGCCCAGGACCAUAAAAGAAUGAGUGUUUGGCAGGGAAUGGUAUAUGUUCUGUUCUUGUGAGUUUGAUUUGCUGUAUGGAUUUAUUUUUGUUACUUUUCCUUGUUAUUCCUUCACAGAGUACAUUCCAUAGUGACAUUUCAAGUUGAAUGCUCAUCAAUGUGUAAUUGAAGUGAGGCUGGGGCUCUGUGGCCGCUGUGAAUUAGGUGGUCCUCUCCUCAUCUCAUCGCAUCGUGCCUGAAACAGAGCAGGUGAAGAGGCUGGGGGCCCCGGAGCCUCCCCAUGCUUGUAGCCUUCUCCUAAUGAUCAGUGCGGCAGAUCUGUAGCCUUUGCUUCAAUGCUAAAGUUAAGAUGUGGAAAAACACACUUCAAAGGAUGGCCUCUUCUCAAAGUAAAUGCCAUUUGCCACUGUUUGUUCAGAGUUUUUUUUUUUGCUUUUGUCCAGAUGACCCCAUAGAUGUACUGUGUGUGAGAUUUCACAUUGGGCCUCAGUGUGGUCUGUCAUGUCAUUUACGCCCAAAGGCAUGUUGCUCCGCAAACCCACAACUAACUACUGAUGAAUUUGACCGUUAGCUCCACUCAGUAGCUCCCAGAAGCCAGUAUAGGAUAUUUCUGUCAGCUUCAGUUGCAUGGAAAUCAGAAGAAUUUAGACCAGACGGCAUCUACUGUUCCAUUAUAUUGGCUCUACAAAUACUUUUUUAUUUCCAUAAUGCUCUUAGUUGUUUGAACUCUACCUGGUAAAAUUACAGAUUAUCAUCACAGAGAGAUCCUUGUUAUGUCUUAUUUGUGCAGUCAUUUUCCUCACAGAAAGUGCUUACUUUACAGUGUAUACGGAAGGCUUUCAAACCCUUUCAAAUUUUCCACAUUUUGUUACACUUAAGAGUCAUGUUUUGCUCAUUAAUCUACACACAAUACUACACAAGCACAAAGCAAAAACUGUUUUUUGGAGUGUUUUGUAAAUGUAUUAAAAAACAAAAAGACUGAACUAUCCCAUUCAUAUUAGAAUUCAGACCCUUUAAUUAAUACUUGGUUAAAGCAUUUUUGGCAGCAAUGAAAGCCUCAAGACUUCUUGGGAAUAAUCCUACAAGCUUGGCACACCUGUCUUUUUGAAGUUUCUCCCAUUCUUCUUGGCAGAAUCAUUCAAGCUCAACCAAGUUGGAUUGGGAGUGUCAUUUUCAGGUCUCUCCAGAGAUGCUUCAUUGGGUUCAGGUCCGGACGCUGGCUGGGCCACUCCAGGACUUUCACAGUUCUACCAAAGUCACUCAUGUGUUUCCUUGGCAGUAUGCUUUGGGUCGUUGUCUUGUUGAAAUGUCAGCCUUCACUAUUCAGCCUGAGAUCCUGAGCCCUCUAGAAAAGGUUUCCACUCAGGAUUGCUCUAGACUUUUCUGCAUCCAUCUUUCCCUCUAUCCUCACUAGUCUCCCAGUCCCUGUCGCAGAAAAGCCUCCGCACAGCAUGAUGCUGCCACCGCUGUGUUCGACAGUAGGGACGGUACUAAUGAGGUGACGCUCGGUGCCUGGUUUCCUCCACACACGCUGUUGGGAAUUGUGGCCAGAGUGUUCCAUCUUCGUUUUAUCAGACCAGAGGAUUUAGCUUCUCAUGGUCUGAAAGUCGUUCAGGUGCUUUUUGGCAAACUCCCAGCGGGAUGUCGUGCCUUUUAAUGAGGAAUGGCUUCUGUCCAGGCCACUCUACCACAAAAAGCCUGAUUGGUAGAGUGUUUCGCACUGAUGGUUGUCACUCUGUAAGGUUCUCCCAUCUCCAUAAAGGAACUCUGGAUCUUAUUCUAAGCGACCAUUUUGUUCUGAGUUACCCAUCUGACCAAUGCCCUUAGUCCCCAGUUACUCAGCUUGACUGGAUGGUCAGAUCUAUGAAGAUGUUUGGUUCUCUUCCAUUCGAGAAUGAUGGAGGCUACAACAGUGCUCCUGGGCACUUUCAGUGCUUCAGAAAUGUCUGUCUCGUAGGUCUGUGGACAAUUCUUGCAACCUUGUGGCUUGGUUUCCACUCUGGCAUACCCGAUCUACUGUGAGGACUUAUAGAGGCAGGUGCCUUCUCUAAUUAUGUCCAAUGAAGUUAAUUAGGCCCAUGUGGACUCCAGUAAAGUUCUAGAAGCAUUUCAUGAACCAUUGCUAGAAGUAGGAUACACCAGAGCUCAAUGGCAUAACAGAGGGUCUGAAUACUUGUGAAAUUGGGAUAAUUCAGUCUUUUAUUUUGAAUUAACAAAAUACAACAAAAACAUGAUUUUGCUUUGUUGUCGUGGAGUAUUGAGUGUACAUUAAUGAGGGAACAAAUUAAUUAUCUCCAUAUUAAGAUGAGUGAAACAUAACAAAAUGUGGAAAACUUUCCGUAUGGACUGUCAAUUUUUUUCAUGAAAUCAUCAGUCAAAUCCCCAUCCCCAUAUGUGGCAUCUACCCUCAAUGUUGUCAGUGUACUGGAAGUACGCAAGUCUAAUGACAGUAUAUUGAUCAAGGUGGCAACACAGUUCAGUGCCAACAUUAAAUGAAAUAUGAUGUAACCGGAAAAACAAAUCCCCAAUCAAGUAGCUCAUUUGUGGCUCUGCGGUUAAAAGAUGGGCGGGAGGCGGAGGAACCGAGGACAGAAGGGAAGAAUUAUGCAGCUUCUCCUGCAGCACCAGGUGACCUGUGACAUCCUGCAGGUCCCAAACAAGAUGUUCCUGAGCUGAACAAGCCCUCCUCUGAUCCCCUACCCCUCCGCUCCGCUCCGUCACAUCGCAGGAGGAUUCUAAACAGUCCAAGAUGAGUGCAGCUGCACUCUCAGCCUGCCUGCGUCCUAAAAUUACUCUUUCAUACUUAGAGCUUAGCCCCCCAACACACACACACAAACACACACUGCCCCUGUCUCUCUGUAACACAUACUCCCCCACACACACAGACACACGAAAAAAACCACGCGGUCUCAUUGCGGCCUCCAAAACCUAAUCAGUGCAGAUAUGAAUAUGCAGAGUCCCUGUUCUAUGGUCCCCUCAGUCUAAACGAGACUCGCUUUGAACCAUGUUAAAAUUUAAUGAGCCAUUCACAGAGAUGGGUGGUGGCGGUUGCUGAGGAUUCAUCUAUCCAUUUGCAUGUAAGGCUGAGGUGAUGGUUGGGCCAAGCUGCGACUUGAGCAACUCCGAGCCUCAUCCCUCCCUGACAGGCAGGUACGGUAGGGAUAAGAUAUUGAAUGAAUGAAUGAAUGUAAUGCAACGAGUGCCAUUUUUCUAAGACACCAAACAGCCAUCUCUCUGUUUGUUUUCUACUCUUAUGACCUUCAUAUGCUAAUCGUUCUGUCUAAAAAAAAAAAUGUUGUGUGAAAUGGGCACCGUGUCAGAGGCAGUUGUAAUAUAGAUUAUUUGUCAUUUGUCUUUUUUUCUGGUUAAAUAGUGAUUACUCUUCUGGAGCACAAUAAAUGAUUUUAUUAAGCUGAAA